GUAUUUUAAAAGGCAGAAUACCUCGGGACCUCUUGAACUUGACAUCAUCGUUUAUUCAGAGCACAUUUAAAAUUACGGAAAAGGGCCUAAAAUGCCCUUUUACUUUAUGAAAUAGGACAUGUUAGCCCUCCGUUAAAAGUUGGUCUCUAUUAUGGCAUUGCCGUCAACAAAUUGGCUCAUAUAUGACCUCCAUCACUAACGGAAGACUCAUAAAGCCACGUGGAAUAUAUGUGAGGGCAAGUUAGACCUAGUUCGAAUUGUACAAGGGCAUAUAUGAGUCAGUUAUAAUAGUCAUUUCUCAAACACUUCACCACCCUUAUCAGUUUACUUUGACACCUAUUUGACAACACCAAACUAAUUAUCACAGCAAAUAAACUAAGUCAUAGAUAAAAACAUUCAAAUGAACAACAAUGACUUCAUUAAAUCCUAGUAGCUCAAAGGGGUCGAAUCAUAACAAAAGACAACAAAUAACAAUGUCGGAAUGUUCUAGUAGCUCAAAUGGGUCGAAUAGGAGGUGUCAUUACAAACUUACUGCCAAUUAUUUCAUGGCAUGGGAACGUUUAAAUGCUAGGAUAAGGGUUUUCAAGUGCCCGAAGCAUGAGGAUGAAAAAUAUUCCUAUUGGGAAUGGCAAGAUGAAGAGCUUCCUCCUAGAGUUUCAAAUCUCAUAUGCACUUUAAAGAAAGAGAAGGAAGCUCUAAUCCGUGAAAGAAAUGCUCUCCAAAGGAAAAUUUGAUCUUGAGAGUGUUAUGAUGCUCGUCGAUCAUGGAGGAAUAGAAGCCUUGGAAUUGGAAAGAAAUGUUCUAAUGAAGAAAAUGAAUGAUUUAGAGUACUCAGUUGUGCUUGAUUCUAAACUUCGGAAGAAGAUGUGAAUUUUCAUGUGUGUGAUAUUGGGAUGUCUUGUUAUGUUCUUUGGAUCAUUGCGAAAUGAUAUGUAAUGUUAGUGUUAUUGUG